GUGUACUGCUGGCUGUUGGCCGUUUUGGUUCAUCUGGCAACAAGCGUUAAAGAUGUACCCCUGGUCGCCAUGGACGCGCUGCUCGGGGAGACAAUCUAUCUGCCGUGCAACAUCAGUACCCACGAACCGGGAGACAAUGUGGUUCUGGUUCUCUGGUACCGCGAAGAUAAAGGAUCACCCAUCUACAGUGCCGACACCCGAGGCCGGGAUGUGACAUCGGCCAAGCGGUGGUCCGACGAUGCCGUAUUCGGCAACCGGGCGUACUUCCUGUUCGAGAAGCAACCGGGCGAGCUGGCGGUUCAGAAUGCCCGCGAAACGGACAGCGGCGUGUACCGGUGUCGUGUGGAUUUUAUCGUAGCACAAACUAGGAAUAGCAUCGUAAAUUUAACAAUAAUUGUACCCCCGGAGCGAGUGACGAUACGUGACCAGCUCGGUGCCGAACGGACAACGGUGGCCGGUCCGUACAGUGUGGGUGACAUCGUCAAGCUGCGCUGCGACGUCUACGGUGGACGACCAACGCCGACGGUCAGCUGGUACCGGGACGGCAUUUCGCUGGUCGCCGAAACCAAGUACAUGCCGCUAGGCAAACAUCUUCGCAGCGAGAUCGUCCUGGGACCACUGACCCGGCAGGACCUGCACUCGAAGCUGGUGUGCAAGGCCAACAACCACGUGCGGUCCAGCCCGGUGGAGCAGUCCGUCCAGAUCGAUAUGAAUUUUGCUCCUUUGAACAUAAGACUGAUUGGUGCGCACCAGCCACUGUCCGCUGGCCAUCGGUACGAUCUGCUGUGCCAAAGUGCGGGUUCCCGGCCCGCCGCCUCUAUUACUUGGUUCCUGGACGGAGUCCGGCUCGACAAGAGCAAAGAGACGACAUCGGCCGACGGUAACCAAACCACCAGCACCCUGUCGAUAAGUCUCAACCGUACCGAUGCGGGCAAGUACCUUUCCUGCAAGGCGUACAACUCCUACGUGCCAUCCGAUGCACUCGAGGACGGAUGGCAACUCGAUAUACAAUAUGUUCCUGAUGCUUUCGUGCGCUUGGGCAGCUCGCUGGACCCGGACUCCAUCCGAGAAGGCACCGACGUCUACUUUGACUGCAUCGUGACAGCUCACCCGGCUGUCUACAAAGUCGAAUGGAAACAUAAUAACAAAACUCUGCCGCACAACAUUUCACAGGGCGUCAUCGUCAGCAACCACUCGCUGGUGCUGCAGGGAGUCUCGCGGACGACCGCCGGCAAUUACUCCUGCGUCGGGUUCAACGCGGAAGGCGAAGGCAGCAGUCCGGUGUUCCCACUGAACGUGAUGUAUGCACCGACCUGUGCCCCCAAUCAGCAGCGUGUGUACGGCGUUGCCAAGCAGGAAAACGCCGAGAUCCGGUGCAUCGUUGACGCUAAUCCGCCCGACGUGGAGUUCAAAUGGACGUUUAAUAAUUCGGCGGAGAGUAUCGACGUACAGGCGAGCCAUAUUUCACGGCUAGGAACCUCGUCCGUGGUAUCGUACACACCGAUGACCGAGCUGGACUACGGUACGCUGCUCUGCGUGGCAACCAACCGGAUUGGAAAGCAGCGGCAACCCUGCGUGUUUCACAUCAUCGCUGCAGGUCGACCGGACCAGGUGCACAACUGCAGCUUGGCCAAUGUCUCCAUGACGUCGCUGCAGGUCCGAUGCUACGAAGGAUUCAACGGUGGUCUAGCGCAGUCGUUCUUCCUGGAGCUGCGGGACACCCAGUCGCAGGAGGUGCGCUUCAAUAACACCUCACCGGUGCCCCGGUUUGCAGUACCGAAUCUUCAUCCCAGUGCAAUCUACCAGCUAGCUGUGUACGCGUUCAACUCCAAGGGCAAGUCGGAACCGUACGUCAUGAGUGCCGCCACACUUAGGCUUCCCGAAAAGCAAAUGAACUCGGAAAAAGCAGAGCGUCCCCGGUCGCCGCUGCUGCUGACGCCCACACUCUCGAUCGGCAUCGGACUGGGAGCGGCAGUGCUGAUUGGCAGCUGUGCCAUCGUGCUGGCCCUAAAGUUUCCCUGUGGAGCUGGCAGCCGGCGAAACAAGGAAACGGCCCAAGGUACAACGGUGCGGACCUCGUCGCCCGGUCCGAGCGACAAGAGUGUGGCCAGCAAGGAUUACGAUGGAAACGACAGCGACGAAAAGAACCCGGACGUCAUCCCGGAUACGAUUGAUUCCGAUGAUCAGAUGGAGUACAUUCGGCGGCGUCAGCACAUAUCCACGAUCGACACGAGCAGUCCGAGCCGGCUGCUGCUGACCACGACCGCCCAGAGCCAGAGCUUCAUGGGUUCGUCGAUGGCACUGCACGGCAAUCACACUGCCAGUUUGGGCUACUGCACCCUGCGGAACGGCGUACCGCAGCCGGCCAGCUCGGUGACCAGCGUGUCCAUGAGCCACGUGCCAAAUGCCUUUGCCACUGCCGGUCACGCUGCCUGCACUCUGCCGCGGCACCCGGUCGGUGCUGGGACAAUCAAUCCGGCCGGUGCGCACCACUGGCCCUCGUACGGGGGCACCAUUGCAGGGGUCCGAAACAUGACAGCCAUCUCGGUGACCAGCAGCCAACAGGCGAUCCCGCCGCCACCAUCCACAAUAGCCAUGCAGCACCUGGGGCCACAGCCGAGGGCGACCCGUGUCUGCAUAGGACUGCCCGAGGAUGACGUGUCCGCCGACACGCCGCUCAUGGUAAAACGGGAAAGCACCGUAUGACUAUAGGAAUCUCACAGGGUCGGUGAUACGGCCCUGUGAGGCUCUCUUUCCUCAAAUCUGGCUGCCAAGUGGCUUGCUGCAGAGAAAGUAGAGUAAGAGUGCGGAAGCUCUAAGCUAAGCUUAAUAAUUAAUCGUUGUUGAAAUCAGAUAAAAUCAAAUAUAUUAUUAUUGUAACA